UGAAAAGAAUCUUUGGAAGCUCUCCUCUGGCUCUGGGUUUUCCCUUUCCUCUUGCUUUUCCUCUGCCCUCUCAUCUCUCUCAAAGAAUCACUUUUCCUUUGCCCUGAGAUACCCAUUUCUCUCUCUCUCUCUCUCUCUCUCUCUCAUUUUCCCAAUCCAAAAAGGCUAGCAGUAAAGAAAAAAGCUUAACAAAAGCCCUCAGCUUUUAUUUCCUUGUCUGCCAUUAAAAUGCCAUAAUAAUAUAACACUUGGCUUCCCUCCCAGUCCCACUUGCUAUUCUCUCUCUCUCUCUCUCUCUCUCUCUCUCUCUCCCACUAACGCUCGUCGGCAAAUCAACUUUCCGGUCUUUUCCGGCGAUUCCCCCUUUUCCACUCCUUUUUUCUUCUUUUCUUAGCGUUGUCUCUUUGAGUUUCUAAAGAAAAUGGGUUAACUUAUUGGGCUUAUAUUCUGUACUUACUAGACUAACUCUUAAAGGACCUCCCUUUAUCAAGUGCUGGACUGGUUUUUCCUCAUCUCGGUUUCCUGUUUCACCCCAUUUUUCCAUCUGGGAACCACCCACCAAAAACCCAUCGGAGAAAAAAUUUAAGGAAGAAAAAUGAUUAACCUCACAGACAUGUACCACGUUCUCACAGCCGUUGUGCCGCUGUAUGUUGCUAUGAUCUUAGCCUACGGCUCUGUGAAAUGGUGGAAAAUCUUUAGCCCCGACCAAUGCUCAGGCAUCAACCGCUUUGUCGCACUCUUUGCAGUCCCGCUCCUUUCCUUUCACUUCAUCUCAACAAACGACCCCUAUGCCAUGAACUACAGGUUCAUAGCCGCUGACACUCUUCAAAAAGUCAUCGUCUUGGUGGUCCUAGCCAUCUGGUCCAAAACCAGCUCGAGAGGCUCUCUGGAAUGGUCCAUCACCCUCUUCUCUCUUUCCAGUCUCCCCAACACGCUCGUCAUGGGAAUCCCUUUGCUCAAGGGAAUGUACGGAGACGCCUCAGGGACCCUCAUGGUUCAGAUAGUGGUCCUCCAAUGCAUCAUUUGGUACACUUUGAUGCUAUUUUUGUUUGAAUACAGGGGAGCCAGGCUUUUGAUCGUUGAGCAAUUUCCCGACACUGCUGGGUCGAUUAUUUCCUUCAGAGUUGAUUCUGAUAUCAUUUCCUUGGAUGGGAAAGAACCGCUUGAAACCCAAGCUGAAGUAGGUGAAGAUGGGAAACUCCAUGUUACGGUGAGAAAAUCAACUUCGUCUCGCUCUGAAAUCUUCUCCCGGCGUUCCCAUGGGCCUAAUUCCGGUCUUUCGCUCACUCCACGGCCAUCUAAUUUGACGAAUGCCGAGAUUUACUCGCUCCAGUCCUCAAGAAAUCCCACCCCUAGAGGUUCGAGUUUCAACCACACUGAUUUCUACUCCAUGGUGAACGGCAAGAACGCGACCAAUGUGAGCCCGAGGCAAUCCAAUUUCGGUAAUCUGUGUUUCGACGAGGAGAGCGGCGGAGCCGGCGUGUUCGGGAACCCGGCGAGAGCAAAUGGGGCUUACCCGGCUCCUCCGAGUGCCGGUAUUUUCUCUCCCGGUGCGAAGAAGAAGGUCAAUGGGGGCGGUGGUGGUGAUGGAGGUAAGGACCUUCACAUGUUUGUUUGGAGCUCAAGCGCCUCCCCUGUUUCCGAAGGUGGGAUCCAUGUUUUCAGGGGUGGAGAAUAUGGGAAUGAGCUUGGUGGGGUUGGUCACCAAAAAGAUUAUGAUGAGUUUGGUCGGGACGAGUUCAGCUUUGGAAACAGGCAGGCGGCGAAUGGGGUUGACCGGGAAGGCCCCGUGCUUUCGAAGCUCGGCUCGAGCUCCACGGCGGAGCUCCACCCAAAGAGUGGUGCUCACGGUGAAUCAAAGCAAACAUCUAUGCCGCCUGCUAGUGUUAUGACCCGACUCAUUUUGAUUAUGGUCUGGCGAAAGCUCAUUAGGAAUCCCAAUACUUACUCCAGCCUGAUUGGCCUCACCUGGUCUUUGGUCUCAUUCAAGUGGAACGUUGUAAUGCCUAAGAUCAUAGCCGAGUCCAUAGCCAUUCUGUCUAAUGCUGGUCUCGGAAUGGCCAUGUUUAGUCUUGGUUUGUUCAUGGCAUUGCAGCCCAAAAUUAUUGCAUGUGGGAACUCCAUAGCUACCUUUGCCAUGGCUGUUCGUUUCGUCACCGGUCCAGCGGUCAUGGCUGCCGCCUCAUUUGCUGUUGGACUAAGAGGAGUUCUUUUGCACAUAGCCAUUGUACAGGCAGCUCUUCCCCAAGGGAUUGUCCCCUUUGUCUUUGCUAAGGAAUACAAUGUUCAUCCUGACAUUCUGAGCACUGGGGUUAUAUUUGGGAUGCUAAUAGCUCUUCCUAUUACACUAGUCUACUACAUCUUACUGGGACUUUGAAGUUGAUGAGACACUGAAGCUGUUAGGGAAAUAGUUACACUAGUAUUUUUUUUUUAUUUUUGGCUCUCUAACAGAUGAACAACAUUAGCAUUUCAGUGAUUUAGAGAAGAGAGGAGAAAGUAGGGAGAAGCAAGUGGAAAAGAGUGAGGAGAAAUUGAAGCAUAAUGAUGAGCACUUCGGGGAGCUGCUAUUAACUUUUGUUUUCAUUUUUUGCCUUUUUGUUUAACUGAGCCCUUGUGCUAGGCUGCUGCUAGCUACUGCUUUUGUUGUUUUGACGAGGGAAGUGAAAACUUGUUUGUAGUUGGAGACAGCACUAGCUACUUUUUUACCACUAACUUUUUUAUGUUGAAAAAAAGAUUUAAAAGGCAAUUGGAAUCUCUAUGCAAGAAAGUCGGGCAAAAGCGAUUUUUGCAGGGAAAGAAACGUGUGAAACCAAACAGUGCCUGCUGGCAGUUCAGCAUAGCACUAUGAUAGCCUGAUGGGGGCUGCAGUAGCCCAUGUCGGGUUUUGUUUCAGUAGGCCUUGUUGUAUUCAAUUUCAGGCUAUGUUUUGGCAGAAAGCUCCUUCCAAGAGACAGGGUCGCCAUCAAUUCUGUAUGGAGAUAGGCAUUGGCAAAAGUUGCCACUUCAAUUCAAA